AUGACUGAGGAAUGUUCAAGAAUGUCAUUCCUGGUUGGCAGCUCAGGAAUUCAUAUUUCAAAGAAAGAUCUGGAAAACUUCCCACUCGCUGACUAUAAAAACAUCAACCAGGAAACACAGCUUAUCUUUCUCACUGCAGACAGACACAUGCACAGAGACAAACCACAGGACAACACACCAACGGCUUCCACUGAAAAAGAAGAAACACAGAAGAAAGGGGUUACUGGGAGUACUGGAAUACGUCCACGUCCACCUGCUGCAGAUAGAGAGUGAGUAGAGGAAAAUGUUUUCUCAGUUUCCCCUGGUUGAAGAUUAUCUCUGUCCACUCUGUAGUGGCAUCUUUCAGAACCCUGUGGUGCUGCAGUGCAGCCACAGCUUCUGCAAAGAGUGUCUGAAGCGCCGGUGGUCCCACACAUGGCCGAAAACAUGUCCCAUCUGCAAAAAGAGAUCUCCAAAAGGUGACCCACCCUGCAACUUGGCCUUAAAGAACCUGUGUGAUGCUGUCACACUGAACCCUUUUCGGAAGGAGAUGACCCCUGCACAGCCUGAGACAUUCUGCAGUCUGCACUCAGAGAAGUUAAAGCUCUUCUGUUUUGACCAUCAGCAGCCAGUGUGUGUCGUCUGUCGGGAUUCAAGAGCGCACACCAACCACAGAUUCAGCCCUCUGGAUGAGGCUGCAGACGACUACAAGAAGGAGCUCAGACAACACCUGCAGACCUUACAGGAAAAAAAGAGACACUGCACAAGAGUCCAACUGAACUGGGAUGAAGCUAUCAAACACAUUCAGGAUCAGACUCAAACCACAGAGAGCCAGAUAAGAGAGAAGUUCAAGAAGCUUCAGUAUUUCCUCAAUAAAGAAGAAGAGGCCAGGGUUAAUGCUCUGAGGAGAGAGGAGGAGGAGAAGUGUCGAGUGAUGAAGGCAAAGAUCCUGACGCUGAGCAGACAGAUCGACUCUCUUUCUGACACCAUUAAAGCCACAGAGGAGGAGCUGCAAUCUGGUAGUAUCACAUUCCUGCACAACUACAAGGCAGCAGUGGAGAAAGCCAAACAGUGCUCCCUGGUGGAAGAUCCCCAGCUUGGCUCAGGUGCUCUGAUAGACGUGGCCAAACACCUGGGCAACCUGACCUUCAACGUCUGGAACGAGAUGAAGGAGAUAGUGACGUACUCUCCUGUGAUUCUGGAUCCAAACACCGCAGGGAUGAACCUCUUUGUGUUUGAUGAUCUGAGACAUUUGAUAUAUGUGGAGAAGAAGAGUCUGCUCCCUAUGAACCCGGAGAGAUUUCAGAAAUACCCGAUGGUGCUGGGGUCUGAGGGCUUUGACUCAGGGACUCACAGCUGGGAUGUAGAGGUGAAGAGUGAUGCAGACUGGGCGGUGGGCGUGAUCAGAGAAUCCAAGCCCAGGAAAGGAGGCUCCCUGACUGGGUACUGGGAGAUGCGGUUUCACGGUGGUGAGUACAAAGCGUACUCUCCUCCAGUUACAGAUGAAUUCCUCUCUGUGCAGAAGAGGCUGCAGAGGAUCAGGGUGCAGCUGGACUGGGACAAAGGGAAACUCUCCUUCUAUGAUAAGGAUACAAACACACACCUUUACACCUUCUACCAGGCCUUCUCUGAGCGAGUGUUUCCCUUCAUUAACACUCUUUACACAAAGCCACUGUGCAUAUUACCGCAGAAAUUCACUGUACAGUUAGGGACAUAG